AAAGGACUUAAUAAAUAAUAAGUGGAAAACAAAUUGUGAGUAAAAUUCGAUCAGAACGAUAUAGAGUUCCUGAGUUUAGGCAAACGUAUGUUAGUACUCCUAAUCGUCUUCUCUUCACUGUAUAGUGAAAAAUUAUCGAUAUGGUCGAAGAUUGUGUCAAAUUACUAAUUUUUUGUUUUACUAAGAAAAACAAAUUUUAAUUCUGUUGUAUUGAUUAAAUAUUGGUGCGUUGAUAUGAAAAAUUGGGAGAAUAUACAUAAAUAGGAAAAACGAGAAACCUUCAGCCAGGGUUGUAACUGAACCUAAGGGGUUUGACAAUUGUCGAUUAAGAAUUAUCUAUCUAUACCUGCAAACGUAGAAAGAAAUGUCAGAAGGAACUGACAAACUGGUGGACUCGGAUGGAGCAUGCCACAAUUUGGCGGAGGAGCUAUUACGUGAAAUGCCGGAUAUGAAAGACGAGAUCGAGCAGGAAUUAAAGGAUGCAUUGUCAAAACAUAAUGAUAAUAAAAUAAAAAACAUGCAAGAAAAAGUUGGGGACUAUUUGUCUAAGCCACAUAAGGAUCUUGAAAUAACGGAAGAUUAUGAGGAAUCAGAAGAGUCGGGCAAGUCUACGAAUAUCUUGCUAACUAAAGUAACCAUAGAAAGUUGUGAAAAUGAAAAAGCGAAUACAGAGAUAACGAAGGUGGAAAAGGAUUAUCAGGAGAAUAAUAACGCAGUACGCUCAAUCGACAGUGUGAAUGAAGAUAAUGACGGAAACGUUGAUCAAACAUCCCAAAAUGAAUCUUCAAACAACGCAAAGACAGAAACCAAUAUCCGUAAACGCGAGAAUGAAUGUUCUGGAAGUGAUAAUACAAUCAUGCAAGACAAUCCAAAUGCCAAACAUGCGAAAUUGGAAAUUCCCGGCGAAAGGAAAUCAAUUAUUGAAGUUCAUAUCUCUAAUAAGGGCAUGGAUUAUGAAGAAGAAGCUGCAGAGUUGGAACGCAUACGUAAACUUAAGGAGCAAACUAUUAUUGAAUUGCAUAGAUUGAAGAGUCAAGAGGAUAAACUACUUAGAAUCGAGAAUAUAAACAAGCAAUUACAAAAAAAUAUUGACCAAAAACUAGAGCAAAAUGAAGCGAAUGAGGAGGACAAUAAUGGAAAGAAGGAUGUAAUUUUAGAAGGAAAAGAUUUUGUAAGUAAAGUCAUUGACAUCGCAGAGAAAAUUGAGAAUGGUGAAAAUGAAAUACUAACAUUUGGAAACAAUGAUAACAACGACCAAAAAGUCAUACCGGAAGUUCUGUCCAAAAUUAAUACAGAUGGUAAACCGUGCUAUAUAUAUGAUAACAUCGAAAUGAACAAAGGUGCUGAUGUUGUAAAAGAGCAUUCAAAAGUAAAAAUUGAAGCAACAACGUUACCAGAAAUAGCAGACGCGUUCACAACCCCUACAGUGUCCGUCUUGACAUCCGCUCAAAUCACGUCUACAUUACUCGAUGAUAAUAGUAAUCACUCUAACAGUGGCGAACAUGAAAGUCAUCCCCCACCAGAAGAACUCACAACCGAAGAAGCAGUGCGUGAUCGAGAGUUACGCGCAUCGGGAGCAACAUUUCUUCAACACUUACCUUGCUUCAAGCUUCAACGCAACUCGGAAAGUGCUGUUAGAGGCGAGUCAAUCUCCAAUGACAACGUUGUAGCUGACCAUGCCAUACCGAGAUGCCGGGAGUGUCGACGCCGCAGUUCUCAGGGUGGUUCAGAUGUUUAUUGUCGAUUCUAUGAAUUCCGUCGAUUGCGGUAUAACGAAAUCGGUGAAUUAGUUGUUGCUGGCUUCCCCAAUCCAUAUACUGACCCGACUGCUGACGAUUUGCGCAUCUGGCAACCAGAUGAGCAUAGUGUCCCUACUGCAGGAUGGAUGGACAUCCAAGUUGCUCGCUAUAUAUUGCUACAUGCCGGUGACCAAUUUUGCUAUCUGUGGCAACAGGAGGCCGAGGCCUUGCGUUUACACGAAAACCCGAACAGUAUAAUCGCUUGGAAGAAGGUGGUCCAAGGUCUACGUGAGAUAUGCGAUGUGUGUGAUACAACACUGUUUAACUUUCAUUGGACUUGCGAUAAGUGUGGCUUUGGUGUGUGUCUUGACUGUUUUAAAGACCGCAAAGAGCAGCGCAGUUGUGUAAAGAGGCGCACUGGUGAUAAGACGCAACGUGGACAUGAUGAAUUCCAUUGGAUGCUAUGUACAGCAACCACGCCAAUUUAUCAAAAACAUGAACUACGUGAUCUUAUGCUAACACAGAUCAUUGCUAGUGAUGCGCUAAACGUUUUGGGUCGACUCUUGCAUGAUAUUCGUGCCAUGUGGCAAGUGCCCCAGAUGUGCGGUUGCUUGUUAAGCAAACAAAACUUUUCGCCAGAUACAGAACUCGGUACUAUAAUACAGGACAUAAUCAAAGAAUCUCAAUUAAAGCAGCAGACGAGUGCUUCAUCGCUAGCUACUGAAGAGACAUUACGUAAGCAGGCGCGAAUGGAAGAAUUGCAUGCUAAAAAGUUGGAGUUUGCACGAGCGAGAGGUAUUGAUUAUGUUCCAGGCCGUGUAUGGACCAAGCAAACUUUGGGAAAGGAUCCCAUAACAACCGCUUUCGAUAAUUUUAAACAUAUAAACUUUUUACGGAAGGGUUUGGCAGGCUUACGCCGGUUUUUGCCGCCACGGGCAAUGACGUUAACCCAUUCGACAAUGCUAGCACCUGGUGUACCGCAUGAAUGGUUAUGUGAUGGCAAGCUAUUGCGACUAACGAAUGCUAUGCAUCCCGAUAAUCGUAUACUUUUUCAAGAGGUAUGGAAAUGUGGUCAGCCCGUUAUGAUUUCGGAAGUAGCGCGAUCACUGAACUUGGACUUAUGGCGUCCCGAAGCCUUCUGUAAGGAUUUCGGCGACAAACCAAACGACUUGAUAAAUUGCCUGAAUGGCAAUUUAGUGCCGAACCAACCGAUGCGUUAUUUUUGGGAGGGAUUUCAAUGCAUUAAGAAGCGAUUGCUAGACGCCAAUGGUAAACCGAUGUUGCUGAAACUGAAAGAUUGGCCGCCAGGCGAUGAUUUUGCUGAAAUAUUACCGACGCGUUUUGCGGAUCUCAUGAAUGGUCUACCUAUGCCCGAAUACACAUUGCGUACAGGCAAUUUGAAUAUUGCCAGCUGCUUGCCGAAGAUGUUUGUACCACCCGACUUAGGACCGAAGAUGUACAAUGCCUACGGUUCGGCAUUGCAUCCUGACAAAGGCACCACCAAUUUGCAUUUGGACAUUUCUGAUGCUGUAAACAUAAUGGUAUAUGUAGGCGUGCCACAAGACGCGGAUAGUAAACCACAAUUGGUUGCUACACAAAAAGCAAUAUCUUUGGGUGGCUGCGAUUAUUUGACACGUGCCCGAUGCCAAACACCUAACGUCCUCCCGGGCGCAUUGUGGCACAUUUUCCCUGCUCGAGAUGCUGAUAAAAUCCGUGAUCUACUCAAUCGCGUGACAAUAGAAAAGGGUUUUCGUUUGGAGCCCGACCAUGAUCCCAUACAUGAUCAGAAUUGGUAUUUAGACGAUAAAUUGCGUGCACGUCUAUUCAAGGAAUAUGGUGUAGAAGGCUAUCCUAUUGUACAAUGUCUGGGCGAUGCAGUGUUCAUCCCAGCUGGUGCACCACAUCAAGUACAAAAUCUCCAUAAUUGCAUCAAAGUCGCAGAAGACUUUGUAUCACCAGAGAAUAUAACACAUUGUUAUCAUUUAACCCACGAAUUUCGCCAUUUAUCACAUUCACACACCAAUCACGAGGACAAAUUGCAGAUUAAAAACAUAAUUUAUCAUGCCAUCAAAGAUUGCUGUCAUAUAUUAGUACGCGCUUUGGAUCAACGGCUUGACGAGGAGUUAGCUAAAGUGGAGGAGCAGCAUGCAAAUGCUGAAAUUAGCCUCCGUGAAACAGAACUCGAAGCCAAACUCUAUGGCAACAAAUAAGAUUAAUUAAUAACUAUAUUUUAAUCACUAGAUAUACUUAAUUUUAUUCGAGUAAUAGAUACAUAGGUACAUAUUGUGCAGCACUACAUAUAAAUAAAUAUUUUUUAAAAUUAGUUUU